AAACCCUAUUUCAGCUGUGAGAAACAAGAACAAGAACUGAAGCAGCCAUGGCAGCUCUCAACUAAGAAGAAUAGCUUGGAGAGAAUUGAAGAAGAUUUGUCCAGAGCACGAGCAAAAAUCUUCAAAGCAAUUCGUAUGAGGAGCUAUAAACCUGAUAAAGAAGGGAUUUUCAUUCCCAGAGGCUCGAUUUACAGGAAUUCAUAUGCUUUUCAUCAGAGCCAUACAGAGAUGGUGAAGAGAUUCAAGGUAUGGACAUACAGGGAAGGAGAGCAUCCAUUGGCACAUGAAGGACCAUUGAAGGACAUAUACGCCAUUGAAGGUCAGUUCAUAGCAGAAAUGGAGGGUGGAAUGAGUCCAUUCAUGGCCACCCAUCCUGAUGAGGCACAUGCAUUCUUCAUCCCCAUAAGUGUGGCCAACAUUGUUGACUAUGUUUAUGCUCCUCCCAUCACCAACUACUCUCGUGAGAAGCUUCAAAGGUUGGUUUCAGACUAUGUUCAUGUUGUCGCUGACAAGUAUCCUUACUGGAAUAGAAGCAAUGGGGCUGAUCAUUUCAUGGUUUCUUGUCAUGAUUGGGCUCCAGACAUUUCAAACAGCAAUCCUGAGCUCUUCAAGAACUUCAUCAGAGUCCUUUGCAAUGCCAACACCUCAGAAGGAUUUCAACCAGAAAGAGAUGUAUCACUGCCAGAGGUCUUUGUACCAGCUGAAACUCUUUCACCACCAAACCUAGGCCAACCGCCGCGCAAUCGCCCAAUACUUGCCUUCUUCGCCGGUGGCGCCCACGGCGACAUACGAGAAAUACUGAUCAAUUAUUGGAAAGACAAAGAUAGUGAAAUUAGGGUCCAUGAAUAUCUUUCUAGUGGCCAAAACUACACUAAAUUAAUGGGUCUAAGCAAGUUUUGCCUGUGCCCAAGUGGGUUUGAAGUGGCAAGUGCUAGGGUGGUGGAGGCAAUUUAUGCAGGGUGUGUCCCUGUGAUAAUUUCAUACAACUAUUGGUUACCCUUUACUGAUGUUCUUGAUUGGACCCAAUUUUCAAUCCAAAUUCCAGUGGAAAAGAUUCCAGAAAUGAAAAAUAUAUUGGAGGGGAUCUCGAUUGGUAAGUAUUUGAAAAUGCAAAAGAGAGUGAGAAGAUUGCAAAGACAUUUUCGGAUUAACCGUCCGGCUCGGCCGUUCGAUGUAAUUAACAUGGUGCUUCACUCGGUGUGGUUGAGGAGACUUAACUUUAGGCUGUCAAGUUGA